AGUAGCUGUGGCAGCUAGAAGCAGCAGCUGGGGCCCGCAGGUGAGGUGAUCGUGCCCUUGCCCUGCCGGUGAGUCCACUGCCAGGUGCUCAGACCGCAGGGCAGGGGGAAAGGGUGGGUCUGCCAGGGACCAGGGCAGAAGGGUCAGCUUGCCCAGGAGCUUUCAGUACCUCUGCUUAAUGGUGUUGGUCUCAGCUCGGACCUGAGUCUGGUCCCCUGGAUCUUCUGAGAUUCCCGAGAGUUCCAGCUCAGUCCCAAUGGGCCUGCUUCUGCUGCUGCUACAGUCCUCUCUGCUGCUAAUGCUUCUUUUGUGGCUGCCGGCCGUGUCCACCAACCUGGAUUGGCAGUGUCCACGAAUACCCUUCUCAGCCUCCAGAAACUUUAAUGUAAAGUACGAGGUCCCCAGCUUCCCGGCUGGAGGCCAGGUACAAGCCAUGGCAGCCUACGAGGACAGUGAAAUUGGGAGUGCGGUGUUUGUGGCCACACGCAAUCGCCUGCACGUGCUUGGGCCUGACCUGCAGUAUAUAGAGAGCCUGACCACCGGCCCUAUCGGAGAUCCAGGUUGCCAGACUUGUGCGAGCUGUGGUCCAGGCCCUCAUGGACCACCAAAUGACACGGACACACUGGUGCUGGUGAUAGAGCCGGGUUUGCCAGCCUUGAUCAGCUGUGGCUCAACCCUACAGGGACGCUGCUUCCUGCAUGAGCUGGAAACUCGGGAGAAAGCCCUGCACUUGGCAGCACCAGCCUGCCUCUUCUCAGCAAGCAAUAACCAGCCCGAGGCAUGCCCAGAUUGUGUGGCUAGUCCCCUGGGCACGCGUGUGACCGUGGUUGAGCAGGGCCAUGCCUCCUACUUCUAUGUGGCAUCUUCACUAGACCCAGAGUUGGCCACUAGCUUUAGUCCACGGUCAGUGUCCAUCCGUCGCCUUAAGGCUGAUGCUUCUGGAUUCCAACCAGGCUUUCCCUCGCUGUCUGUGCUGCCCAAAUAUCUGACCUCCUACCGUAUUGAAUAUGUGCACAGCUUCCACUCAGGAAACUUUGUCUACUUUCUGACUGUGCAACCUACCAGUGUCACAAGCCCUCCCAGUGCCCUGCAAACUCGUCUGGCCCGACUCAAUGCUAUAGAGCCAGAGAUGGGCGACUACCGGGAGAUGGUCUUGGAUUGUCAUUUUGCACCCAAACGCCGGCGUCGGGGAGUUCCAGAGAGCACGCAGCCCUACCCAGUGCUUCAGGCAGCCCACUCUGCUCCCGUGGAUGCCAAACUGGCUGUGGAGCUGAGCAUCUCGGAGGGCCAGGAAGUGCUAUUUGGGGUCUUUGUGUCUGUCAGGGAUGGUAGCUCUGGCACGGGUCCCAACUCUGUUGUGUGUGCCUUCCCCAUUUACCAGCUGGACGCCCUGAUUGAAAAGGGCGUAGAACACUGUUGUGACUCUGCAACCUCUCCUCGACCCUGGAGAGGUCUCAACUUCUUCCAGGCACCCAGUCUUUGCCCUAAUCCGCCUGGUGUAGAGGCCUCCAGCCCCAGCUUUCGCUGCCACUAUUUUCCUUUGCUGAUCAGGAGUGGCUUCUCACGUGUGGACCUAUUCAAUGGACUGUUAGGAUCAGUGAAGGUCACUGCACUGCACGUGACACGCCUUGGCAAUGUUACGGUGGCCCACAUGGGCACUGCAGAUGGGCGUAUUCUACAGGUGGAGAUAGCCAGAUCAUUCAAUUACUUGCUGUAUGUGUCCAACUUCUCCCUGGGCAGCAGUGGGCACCCUAUUCAGCGGGAUGUUAGUCGCCUUGGGAAUGACCUGCUCUUUGCCGCUGGGGACCAGGUCUUCAAGGUGCCUAUCCAUGGUCCUGGCUGCCAUCAUUUUCUCACCUGUUGGCGUUGCCUGAAGGCACAGCGCUUCAUGGGAUGUGGCUGGUGUGGUGACAGGUGUGGCCGGCAGGAAGAGUGUCCUGGCUUUUGGCAACAGGACCACUGUCCACCUGAGAUCACUGAGUUCUACCCUCACAGUGGACCUCUAAGGGGCAGCACAAGGCUCACCUUAUGUGGCUCCAACUUCUAUCUGCGUCCUGAUGUGGAACCACAGGGCACACGCCAGAUCACCGUAGGCCAAAGUCCCUGCCGACUGCUGUCUAAGGGCUCUUCAAGCCGUAGGUCAGAGUUCCAGAAGGUGUUUGUAGAGGAACUUGAGUGUGAGCUGGAGCCUGUAGUCACCCAGGCAGCGGGAGCCACAAAUGUUAGCCUUCUCAUCACCGACACGCCAGCAGGCAAGCACUUCCGGGUAGAUGGAAGCUCUGUUCGGGAAGGCUUCUCUUUCGUGGAACCAGUGCUGACAUCAAUAAAACCUGACUUCGGCCCACGGGCUGGGGGUACUUAUCUCACCCUCGAAGGCCAGAGCCUGUCUGUAGGCACCAGCCGAGCUGUGCUGGUCAAUGGAACUCAGUGCCAGCUGGAACAGGUCAGUGAGGAACAGAUUUUAUGUGUCACACCUCCUGGAGCUGGCACAGGCAGGGCCCCCGUUCAUCUGCAGAUUGGAGGUGCUGAGGUGCCUGGCUCCUGGACCUUUCACUACAAGGAAGAUCCCAUUGUGUUGGACGUCAGCCCCAACUGUGGCUACAGUGGCUCCCGAGUCACCAUCCAUGGCCAGCAUCUGACUUCGGUGUGGCACCUAGCGCUGUUGUUCCACGAUGGACAAAGCACAGUGCAGAACAGGCAGUGUGCAGGGCAGUAUCUGGAACAGCAGCGUCAGUGCCGUCUGCCUGAAUAUGUGAUCCGAAACCCUCAGGGGUGGGCAACAGGGAACCUGAGUGUCUGGGGGGAUGGAGCAGCUGGCUUCACACUGCCUGGUUUUCGCUUCCUGCCCCCACCCAGUCCACCCAGAGCUGGCUUAGCCCCUCUGAAGCCUGAAGAGCAUUCAGUUAAGUUUGAGUAUAUUGGGCUUGGCACCGUGGCAGACUGCGUGAGUGUGAACGUGACUGUGGGUGGUGAAGUCUGCCAACACGAGCUCCGGGGGGAUGUGGUGGUCUGCCCCCUGCCCCCCUCCCUGCAACUUGGCAAGGAUGGUGUCCCAUUGCAGGUCUGUGUAGAUGGUGGGUGUCACAACCUGGGCCAAGUGAUACGGUCAGGCCCAGGCAAGGUUUCACAGAGUAUACUCCUUAUAGCGCUGCUGGCCUUGAUCCUGCUCGUGGCUGUGCUGGCCAUUGCCUUGGUCUUCAACUCCCGGAGACGGAAAAAGCAGCUAGUCCUUGCUCCCAACCUGGAUGACUUGUCAUCCCCGGAUCAACCUCCCACAGCCAUGUCCCUGUCUACAUUCUACUCUGGCUCUGACUACAGAAUUGGCCUUGCUUCUGGACCUCUGAGCCACGAAGAAUCUUCAGAUAGUCGGGAUGGGACAACUGUCCCACUGCUUCGGACAGAGUCUAUCCGGCUCGAGGAUCUGGAUAGGACGCUCCUGGCCGAGGUCAAGGAUGUACUGAUUCCCCAUGAACGAGUAAUCAUCCAUAGUGACCAAGUCAUUGGCAAAGGCCACUUUGGUGUUGUCUACCACGGAGAAUAUACAGAUGAGGCACAGAACCAAAUCCACUGUGCCAUUAAAUCACUGAGUCGCAUUACAGAGGUCCAGGAGGUGGAGGCUUUCCUGCGGGAGGGCCUGCUCAUGCGCGGCCUACACCAUCCCAACAUUCUGGCUCUCAUCGGCAUUGUGCUACCCCCAGAGGGGCUUCCCCGGGUGCUGCUGCCCUAUAUGCGCCACGGAGAUCUGCUUCAUUUCAUUCGCUCCCCUCAGAGGAACCCCACUGUGAAGGACCUCAUCAGCUUCGGCCUGCAGGUAGCCUGUGGGAUGGAGUACCUGGCAGAGCAGAAGUUUGUGCACAGGGACCUGGCUGCUAGGAACUGCAUGCUGGAUGAGUCGUUCACAGUCAAGGUGGCUGACUUUGGUCUGGCACGUGACGUCCUAGACAAGGAGUACUACAGUGUUCGACAACAACGUCAUGCUCGCCUGCCUGUCAAGUGGAUGGCCCUGGAGAGCCUUCAGACCUACAGAUUCACCACCAAGUCUGAUGUGUGGUCAUUUGGUGUGUUGCUGUGGGAGCUGCUAACACGGGGUGCUCCACCGUACCCACAUGUCAACCCUUUCGACCUCACUUGCUUCCUGGCUCAGGGCCGUCGCCUGCCUCAGCCUGAGUAUUGUCCCGAUUCACUGUACCAGGUGAUGCUGCAAUGCUGGGAGGCUGAGCCAGCAGCACGACCCACCUUUAGAGCCUUAGUGAUAGAAGUAGAGCAGGUAGUGAGCUCUCUGCUUGGGGACCACUACGUGCAGCUGUCCGCAGGUUAUGUGAACCUAGGUCUCAGCACCAUGGAUGAUGUAAACGUGCUGCCAGAGCCGCCACAGUCCUCGCCUCAGCAUCACAGAAGCACAUCAAGGCCCCGACCUCUCUCAGAGCCACCUCUGCCCACUUGACCUAAGCCCUCAGUAGGCCAUGGGGACUAUAUCUGCUAAGUGGCCUCUGGACUAUGACAAGCUGAAGGGCAUUGAACACCCCCUCCCUUUAACUUUCUGAAGCUACUGGAGGUGGGAAACAGCACAUUUAAGCCCCUCAUUCCAGCAUGAGCCAGUGAGGGCAAUCCUUUUGUAGCAUGUAUUUAUGGAAUGUUUGUUUUAUACCCUACCUGCCGAGCACAGAGGACUCGGCAAUGAUCAUACAGAUAUCACAGUAUAAACCACUAAAAGAAAUAAAUAUUUUAGCACAAAUUAUGGUAUAUGCUGUGAAAGAAAGGAGGAGGCACAUUGAGGGAGCGGAGGCUUGCUUUAGGG